UUGCCACCUCUUGUAUCAAUAUAUAUCGUGACCAGCUCUAGCCGACAGCAGACGCGCGUCUUUUUUAUCAAGUGAUUUUUCCUGAAUUUACAACAUUUAGACGCCGCCAGCGAGCGAAAGAUUGUUAAAAACCUUAACCAAAACUAACUGUUUCUAGAGCGUUAAAGAAAAUCCCUAAUCAUAUAUCGCCAUGGAUCGACGCCUGAGACGCCCGCGUCGUGCGGACGAAGGUGCUGGAGCCGCUGCAGCUCCCCUCUUGCAGUCUGCACAGCCCAGCCUGUUGCCAGGAACUCGCCGUACGGCUUCUCUCACAGCAGCAGCUGCCGCAGCAGCUGGACCAGCCAGCCGGACACGUGCCUCGCCAUCGCGCAACAAGGCACCGCCUUCACCGGACCUGGGUCCACGCACUCGACGCUCCAGCCGUCCCAGGCAAUCGGUGGGUCCAGUAACCGCCUCCUCGCUUCCCGUCAAGACCUCUAUUAAGGUUCGCACGCCCAUACGCGAGGUGCCAGAGGUGCCUUCGCCCGUGCGUCAGUCCACAAACAGCAGUCUGCCAAUAACACUGACCACCAACACAGCCAGCAGGGCCCCGAACAAGUCAUUCAACACAAGCUCCCUCAACAGUGGGAAUUACAUAAGCAGCAGCUCGACCAUAACUACCACCACAUCCUCGGAGCGCAUCGAGAUUCGUGCCGAGGGCGAUAGCGAAGUGGAUAUAGACUCCUUGCGCAAACGCAUCACAGAGCGACUCCGGCGAUCGGUGUCGAAGACCAUCUCAAAUUUGGCUGGAACGCCAGUGACCAAUACGGAGGAUGGUGGCAGUCGCUACAGUCGUAGUGUGUCUAGAUCGGUGUAUGAUGAUGAGAAAUCCUCCAAGAGGAGCUACUCGACAGGCGAAGAGGAUAUCGAGGAAGAGGAGCUGGAGGAGGAAGAGGAGUUCCGCAGUUUCAAUGCCACUAGAAAAUCGGCCACGCCAGCGGAAAUUUCAUGUCGUCAGUUAAAGGCUCCCCAAGAAUUUGGCGGCUGGCUGGGUGCCUUCCUCUUGCUGCUGCUGGUGCCCAUUACUGUGUACUAUCUCACCUGGAGCUGUACGGCCAGAAAUGCCUGUCAACUGAAGCAUCUUAAUCCGAGUAUUGUGCUGGAUGUGAACUAUCUGACGCGUCAAGUGUUUCAGCCACGUGUGGUGGCAGCCUUUGCCGCGUACCAUGUGGUGGCCUUUCUGCUGGUGGCCCUGCUGCCCGGACGCCGUGUGCAUCUCACCCGGGAGACCUACAAGUUCAACUCGCUGGGAGUGGCAGCUGCUUUCCUGAUUGCAGGCGGCAUCGCCGAGUUUCUCAAGUAUCCGGUUGUGACUUUUGUGCUGCGUCACUAUCUACGCUUCUGCAUUUAUGGACUGGUCGGCGCCUUUGUGGCCGCUGCCUGGAGCUAUUGGCUCGUGGAUACCGCCAAGUACAAUGUGCUCCGUCAGACACUGACCAAUGAUUAUGGCAGGAGCGGGAGCUUUGUGGUGGACUUUGCACUGGGCAGGCAGCUGAAUCCCAAGUGGCUGGGACGUGUGGAUUGGAAGCAGUUCUACUAUCGCCUCUCCCUGGUGAGCACACUGCUGUAUGCCGCCUGCUAUAUCUACCAGACGCUGGUGUGGCCCCAGAAACCGCAGCUGGCCGAACAGGAGGGCAAUGUCUAUCUUUAUGUGGCCAAGUAUUACUGGAGCAAUGUCAACUACGAUGCGGGCACUUUGCUCUCGGCCAGCUGCCUGCUCUUGUACGUCCUGGACGCCAUCGUCUUUGAGCAUCACUUGAGUUCGUCCUUUGAGCUGCAGCAUGAGGGCUAUGGCUGUCUGCUGCUCCUGCGCUAUGCCGCCACUCCGUACCUGCUGACCGCUGUGACCAAGUACUUCUAUGAGCAGCGCGUGCCCAUCUCCUGCUGCUAUGCUCCGAUCGGUGUCGGGGCUCUCCUGUGCCUGGGAUUGCUGGUGAAGCGCUACAGCUGCGCCUACAAGUACAAAUACCGACUGAACGCGCAGAGCCCGAUCUUUGCCAACAUCGAGACGAUUCACACGUACCAGGGCAGCCGUCUGCUGUUGAGCGGCAUGUGGGGUUGGGUGCGACAGCCCAAUUAUCUGGGUGACAUUGUGGCCCUGCUCGCUCUCGCCGCUCCCAUGGCCCUGCGUCCUGCUUGGCCGCCUGUAUUGGGACUUUCAUUAAUUGUCCUGCUGCUGCUGCAUCGCGCCACGCGUGCGAAUGCCAGGAAUCAGGCGCGCUAUCACUCGUCGUGGCAACGCUAUAGCACACAGGUGCGCAACUACAUUCUGCCCAGGAUCUAUUGAGAUGGAGCAACCACCUUUUGUGGCCAUUUUUAUUUUCAGUUUUAUUUUGUUUAUAUCUUUUAUGUUUCGAAUUUGUAUAUAGAAAUACGUCUUUAUGUUCAGACCAUCAGAUUUCAUUAACCAUACCCACAUUGAAUUAGUACAAAAUUUGAUUUUACUUUCGCCGACGAUCAUUUUUUAUAAGAGACACUUCACUCUUUCAUAAGCUUAGUUAAGCUUAGUUAAAAGUUAAAGAUCCCUUACCCAAACACCAUCUAGCUGUACGAACUUAUGCGCUUAAGAUCUAGACACUUUACAGAAAUAUUCAUUACUUUAUAAAUCUUUAUGCGUAUGCAUAUAGGGAUUAAUUUGUACACACGACAAAACUUAUAUAUAUAUAUACAGAAAUAAAUCUUUAGUUUCUAUGCUUAAAAGAAACGCAAA